GUCGCUUGCGUUCCUCUAAACUAGUACAACGCUGCAGAACGGACUACGCUAGAAAUAGCAUGGCUGUGCCUACGACCUAUGAUGAAGUCAGGCUUCAUCUAGAACAGAUCCAGCGCGAUCCGACCACCAAGCUGGAUGCUAACAUCAUAGAUAAGCUGAAGUUGGAGCUGACGGAGACCACGGACCGCAGUGUCCCCUCCACCCUACUGAUCCAGAUCUCAGAGCUGCUGCCAGUCCUCCAGGAGGACCCCACUCCUCUUACGACGCUUGCCGUCAAGGCCUCUGCCUAUCUCACAUUCAGCGAUCUGCGUGCUGUCAAUCCUCCCAUCAACUUCAUUGCGGGGUUCAAAGCACCUUCCCCACCAGUCAACCUUUUGGCCCUGUCAUUGUUGAGCAAAGCGGGUAAGGUCCCGAGUGAUGCUGCCAUUGUCGCGGGGGACUCGGAGCUUGUCGCAUCUCUGGUAGAGCUGUGGCUGUCGACUUCUUCGACCGCUGUGGCUCAGGCGGCGUUGGACACCAUCUGGGCCUUGUUGGAGAUUGAUCUUGCUAGUCCGCUUGAGCUUGGCGAACAUGAUACUGAAGGAGCUACUGCUGGUCAAGGUCUGUUCUGGAGGCGGAUCUUCACUGACAAGGAUGUAUAUGGGUUGCUAUUCUCUGUGUGCAGUCUUGGGGAUAACGGGCAUGGAGGCAUCUCCAAGCGGGACAAGACAGUGGCUCAAGGGAGGUUGAUGGGUUUUCUCGUGAAGGCCGGCCAGCUACGCUGGGAUAUCAUCUCAACUUCUCAAGUCGCGGAGGUGGAAGCGAAAUACCGCGCCGACAGCUUACUUCAUUUCGCUGCCUGCAGAAUGGUUGACCGCAGUGACGUCUUGAUGCACAUGACGGUGAUCAACUUCUUCCAUGACCUGCUAGCCCUCGACGCUCCGGGUCUCAUGGCGCGCACAACCAUACAAUCUGCGUCUACCUUCUCCUCCCCGGCACUUGACUUCCUCAUCUUGAAUGACAUACACACUACGUUGUUGGACUUCUACCUCGAUGAGUCGAAACUGGACUCCAUUGACCUGGCCUAUCUCUGCGGCCCAAUCAUGUCAUACGUCGCGCAGUAUUCCGAACUGUACCCCAACCAUCUUCUGCAGAACCCUCGGCAUCUGUUAGACCGGAUUAUAUCGCGCGUCGCUGCAUCUGUGGCCAUCUCGUCCGCUCAGUGGGCGCAUGGGCCAGUGCCUAGUGGACAGCUGAACGUGCUCUCCUGCUUGCCUCGAGUUCUGCUUGUGGAAGCCAGUAGGCAUGGCUUGAACGCCGUGCUAUCUGUGCCCAGCAGUCCACCGAACAAGGAGGCCCUCGAUGUCCUCGCGAAGAUUCUGCAUGGCCCGGUCAGACCCGAGCUGGCUGAUUCGAUGGAACUCAACACAUCCGGUCAGACACCGACUGACUGGUAUAAGGAAGCAGCGGCUGCCCGGGUCCUCUACUUCCAGUACACGAAUCAGCACCCCGACUUCUGGACAGAUGUUGUCGCGACGGCCGACAUUCUGGCCAUGAAGGAUGUAUCCUUGGCAGCCAUGUCGCUCAUGAAAGCGAUCAUCACCGCUAAUUGGCAGGUCUUGCCCGCCGAACUGCCGACCUCUGCACCUGGCAAUACACGGUAUCAGCUUCCCACUGAAUUAAGCUUGGAAAGGUUAUCCCCCGCGGCACAGGGUGUCCUUCCAUCUACUGGUGCUUGGGCCGCUCUAACGCCGCCGGCUCUGACUGUUCUCCUGCCCUACCUCUUCAAGCCUCCGCGCUCGUACGCUGAGUUUGUGGGAGGCGGAGCUGCAGAUCCGCAGAACGCAGUAUGGAAAGUGGCAACUGCGAAGCAUGAGGUGCUGGUUGCGUUGUAUGACUGUUUGAAAGAGAGCGGGGGGCAGAUGAGUGGAUUUGACGAUAUCAUGCGUACACUCCGCCAACGCGUCAACGAAGGGCCAUGGGGUCCCGCGACUCAGUCUGAAAACCAAGUUGCAACUGUUGGGCUGUGAUAGGAGGCGAAAGAUUCUUAUGUACAUACAUUCUUUCUUCUUGCAGCUUGCAGCAUCAGCUUUUUCAAACCUUGAUUCCUUACUGAAAAGCAUUCUGGCGAAAAGCCCCGCAGGUGCAGUUGCGCGGUACUCAAAGCUAUAGAGCUGGG